AUGGGCCUCAUCACCAGGGAGCUGAUGGCGGCGGUAUGGGACGCCAACAAUAACAGCCAGGAUACCCAUCCGAUAGACGAUGCGCAACUUCUACAAAGAUCCUCUCUUAUCACGCGAAAGUCCUUAGAUGUCGACCCUCUAUCUCCAGCCGCUCGUUCCGGCCUUAUUGCCGUCUCGAUACUGGCACUAUUCUCUUUGUUGGCAACGUUCGGGCUACUCAGCUUCAUCACAUACCGCUUCAUCUUCUGGCAGAAAUACUACAAACGAAGCCUUACCAGCAAUCAGUACAUCGUCCUCAUUUACAACCUGAUUCUGGCUGAUUUCGUGCAGUCGUUAUCUUUCGUUUUGUGUCUUCAUUUUGUCUCGGAGGAUGCUAUCAAGAGCGGCUCAACGGCCUGCGUCUUACAGGGACUGUUGGUACAGGCCGGUGACCCCGGAAGUGGUCUAUUCGUCUUGGUUAUCGCUGCUCAUACGUUUUUGCUUGUUACUUCGGGGAAAUUGGUGCCUCAUAGGUGGUUCGCUGCCGGCGUUGUGGGAAUGUGGGUGUUCUUGGCCAUCUUGGUCAUUAUUCCAGUCGCUUCGUAUGGAUUGGGUGUUUUUACUCCUUCGGGAGUAUGGUGCUGGAUCGAUUCCGCCUACGAAGACUACCGCCUUUACACUCAUUACAUCUGGAUUUUUAUGGCCGAAUUCGGCACCGUCGUUCUCUACGCCAUCAUGUUCUUUCAGCUGCGCCGACAGAUGGCUGCCUCUUCGAUUCUCGCCGGAAGUCAAAUGGAAAGUCUUAAACGUCUUCGCCGCGUCGUCAGCUACAUGGUUAUCUACCCAGUCGCAUACGUCGUCUUGUCGCUUCCCCUCGCCGCCGGACGAAUGAUGACGGCACAAGGAAAGACACCUAGCACAACAUACUUUUGCGUUGCCGGAGCCAUGAUGACAAGCUCUGGAUUCGUGGAUGUGUUGUUGUAUACGCUUACUCGUCGCAAUUUGAUCAUUUACUCUGAAGUGAGUGCCCACCGCGGUAAUUACGACAAUAUGGGUAGCCAAAGCCAAUCGAAGCGAAAAAUGAGUCGUUUAAUGUCCAAUAGCAAGGGACUGGCCACAAUGACUACGACCAUUACCAGUCAUGUUGAUGAUUCGGUCCAGGGUGGUAAAUUCCGCCGAGGCCGAGUUGCUCCUGAGCAUGAAACGAUAUACUCGACUGACUCUCAAGAUAACGACAACAAUAAUACCUCCACUGAGAACAUCGUUCAGAAGGAUGUUGAGCUUGCGGAGUUGGGCAAGGUCUAUCAAAAGACGACGAUUGAAGUUACGAGUGAGCCUGCUCCUUAUCAUCCUCGGAGUGCUCGGAAUUCUGGUCCUGGGGAGGAUGGUAAUAAUAAUAAUAAGAACUGGUGA